GUAGUUCUAGUUGUGUUUUCGGCUGCCAAGUACUUCCGGCAAUAUGGCUGUCGUGUGAAACGUCACCUUCCAAGAAAAACAAUUCGAUAUCAUUGAUCUUGUUUAUUUAAUGUAAACCGACCAUGCAGCCGUUUGGUAAAGUUCCACACUCUCCUACACCUUCACCCAAACCUCAACAAUCGCCAUUCGACGGCUUCAGACGGUCGACUUCUUUAGAAAGUAAUUCGUCGACGAUCAGCCAAGAAAAUGGUUUGGCCCGACUGACUGCGGCUGCCAAGAGGAAGAAAUACUUUCGGAGAUUGUUCAAGUUCCGCCAGAUGGACUUCGAAUAUGCUUUCUGGCAGAUGAUUUACCUGUUUGUGUCCCCUCAAAAAGUCUACAGGAACUUUCAGUAUCGCAAACACACCAAGGACCAGUGGGCCCGCGACGACCCUGCUUUUCUCGUUUUGCUCAGUUUCUGGUUACUGGUGUCCUCAAUUGGAUUUGCUUUUGUUUUGAAACUACAUUUCGUUGGAUUUCUAAAAUUUAUUGUCUGGGUAAUUUUCAUUGACUGCAUCGGUGUCGGCAUUUUGAUCGCCUCUUUGUUGUGGUUCGUCACAAACCGAUACCUCAUCAUUGCACCACCCCGCGGUCAAGAUGUCGAAUGGGGAUACGCGUUCGACGUACACCUGAACGCUUUUUUCCCUUUACUCAUGAUAUUACAUCUCUUCCAGCUAGCCUUCUUAAAUUCUGUGAUAAACUAUGACUUGUUCCUGUCCAGACUGUUUGGCAACACCCUCUGGCUUGUUGCUAUCGGAUACUAUGUCUACAUAACUUUCCUCGGCUACAGUGCGUUGCCUUUUCUCAAGAACACCCGCUCCCUGCUGUAUCCAAUGACGUUGCUAGUGUUUGUGUACUUCCUGUCUCUCAUUGCUGGUUGGAACUUCAGUAAUGGUCUCUGCUAUUUCUACAAAUAUAGGGUGCUCUGAAGAAAUACUAACACUCAUCCAUUCUUUCACGUGUCUUGCUCUCUCUCUUUCUCUCUCUCUCUCUCUCUCACACACAC